UGUCAAUCGUUUUUUUAUAAACUUUCUGAAAUUCUCUCGCCCUUUUUGCGCACGAAAUAUCUUUCCCUUUUUCGCCUCUCCUUCCUCUCCAUUUCGAUCAGUUCUCUCUUUCUCUCCAUCGGAUCUCGGGAGCCGGACGAUCCCCGGGGCGUCCGCAGUUUCGGGUCGGGUUUUCCGCCAUUUCCGGUUCAAUCUCGGAGCUCCGAGCUGCCCUGUGACCCUAGCGGUGGGGCGACGACGGUGGAUAUGGGGGAGGAGGUGAGGAUGAGCGAGUACGGCGGCGGCGGCGGCGGCGGCGACGACGGAGGCGGCGACGAUCGGGUCUCCGAGUGGGAGGCCGGCCUCCCGAGCGCCGACGACCUGGCGCCGCUCUCGCAGGCGCUGAUCUCGCCGGAGCUGGCGUCCGCGUUCAGCAUCGCGCCGGAGCCGUCCAGGACCCUCCACGACGUCAACCGCGCGUUGGAGAGCACGCUGGCGGGGCUGCGCGGACACCGGACGCUGUCCCAGGGGUUCUCGUCGAACAACGAGUUCAAGUCCUUCGUGGAGGAUCGCGACGCGGCGGUCGCGGAGGAGGCGGACGCGGAUGGGGAUGGGGAUGGGGAUGGGGAUGGGGAUGGGGACGGGGACGGGUCCGAUUCCAGAAAGAUGAGGAAGAUCGACUCCGCCGAGGAGGCGGAUUCGGCGAUGAGGACGGACAAUUCGGUGGAGGAUCCGUCGGCCAAGGCGAUGAAGAGGCCGCGGUUGGUCUGGACGCCUCAAUUGCACAAGCGGUUCGUGGAGGUGGUCGCGCACCUAGGGAUUAAGAACGCGGUGCCCAAGACGAUAAUGCAGCUGAUGAACGUCGAGGGAUUGACCCGCGAGAACGUCGCCAGUCACUUGCAGAAGUACAGGCUUUAUUUGAAGAGGAUGCAGGGGCUGUCCAGCGAGGGCCCGUCCGCAUCGGAUCCGCUCUUCGCGUCCACCCCUGUGCCGCAGAGCUUGCACGAGAGCCCUGGAGGUGGAGGUGGGCAUGCGAACGGGCACGCGCCGAUGCCGAUGCCGAUGCCAUAUGGUGUGUCCUCUCAUAUGCCGAUGCCUGUAUAUGGGCAUAUGGGGAUGCAGAUGGGAAAUCCGCAGGGGUUUCAGUCGAACCCGUACAUGUUACCGCAGAUGGACUGGUCGGGGAAUAGAUGUGGAUCACUUGUAUCAUAUCCGAACUCCGGUUCUAAUGAUAAGUGAUUGUAUUCCUGAAUUACAUAGCACUAUUGGGUUGAGCUCUGUUUUGCAGGGCGAUUAUACUGCUUUCUUUACAAAGGGGAACUUGCCAUUCUUUUCCAUUAACAAGUGUUCAUUGUUUUUGCCAUUGCUUGAAGUACCUUAUACACGUUCAGGGCCGUUGCCUCCGUUUGUCACUGUUUAUAUUCAACUGCGCUUCCCAAUGGAGUGGAUUGAAAAUUUGUGGGUUAGAAAUGAGUCAAGAAAUAUCCUUUGGCAAGUUGGGAAAAGUUGGAUCUCUUCUGGUUCUAUAGAGAAAGAGGAAGCCGGGCCACAGUGGCCUGUUUAAGCCUCUAAUUCAAAUUGUAUGAGUGAUGGAGGACCGGCGGAUACAGAUAAGACAUCAAUGAUGAAGGGGCAUCGUGGCUUUUGCUUGUUCGCUCGUUAAAAGCUUAGGGCAGAGAAUUGAAUUGUGAUAUAACUCUCAUCAUUCUACUAUUUUUGGCA